AUGCAACAGCCGUCCCAUUGUUGUCCUUCCCUAGAUCUCUCGGAUCCUACUAAAUCGCCCUCAAGUUCAAGGAAGCGAUCACAAAUCACACCACCCGACAUAGAACACCCUCCUCGAAAAAGGGCUAAAACCUCUCCAGAAAAAGAUGUACGAGCGUCCCAAGAAAAAUCCAGCACGCUUCCCAUACCACCAAGUACCACUCAAGAAGCCAACUCUACAGUACUUGAGUGGCUUGAUACCCUUGAGCAAGCAGACGCAACUUUGCAAAGACACGAACUUCUCACCAAACCAGAGUUUCGAACCAUAACGCUUCCUCGGAAUGGGAUUAAAAUUCUAUGGGGCGACGACCCGACUCCGAACUGGGUGCAAGAACAUAUCGAUACAGUUGACGGAUACCCAGACGAAGGACCUCCUCCCAACUUUCGCGAUAGAUGGCUAAGUUUCAGACGUGCUUUUGAGAGUCACACGUACGGGUCGACCUUCUCAGGCGUCUACGACAAACUUCUUAUGUCUGUCCGUGGGGGUGACUGGUCUUCAAAUACUAAUCAAGAUGCAGACACAGAAACAAGCUACGUCGGAUUCAGGAGUAUGUCUGCUUCUACAAUUAUUUGUCCGUACCUGGUUAUGGAAUUGAAAGGGCGUCUGGGCCUUCCGAACGAAGGAGAUAACCAAAGCAUUAUCGGCGGUCGUAUAAGUCUGGAUAUAACUUGGUCGAUUCUAAAGGAACGGGAUGUGGUUUUCCUCUUUAACGCGGGUCCGUACCUAUGCAACAUAAACGUGAUGUGGCGGGACGUACAAGAGACCACGACCGAUACAGGAGAAAGCGUCAAAUCUCGUAUAUAUCGAGUGAGAGACGUCAAGCACCUCAGCCCACUAGUGUUGGAAGACGCUCUUAAGAUCCAAAAUUAUUUUAACGCAAUCCAACGCUGGGCUCUGGAGGUCAGAUAUCCUCGCAUUGUGGCAGCCCUUAAGGAAUGGGAAGAAGGCGGCCGUCAACCACACGAGUUUAGUUCUCUGGGGCGUUAA